CCCGCAGAAGCGGCGGGAAGGCACGGCAGGCUCCGGCACAAAACUCGGUCGCUCGCGCUCUGGGGAUCCGCGGGAGCUCUUCGCCCUUUUUUCUACCCCCGUCUCCCUCACCGGCUGCUGGUCGGGUCGCGGUCGGAGGAGCCGCCUUGGGAUAACGCUGCUGUCGUCGUUGGCGCUGAGGGCUGUGCUUGUUUUGUUUGUUUGCGCCUUCGACUGAGGCUCACGGAUAUUUUGGGAACCCCCCCCUCUCUCCUUCCCUCCUUCCCGGCAGGGCGACGGCGACGGUUUUCGGACGGCGGCGGGGGACCGGAGGGGCGCCCCUCUCGGGACUUCGGCUCGACGGCACCCAGAUGAGUGACUUUGGAAUCAAGAACAUGGAUCAGGUUGCACCUGUAUGCAAUGCGUAUAGAGGGCUGCUCAAGCGGCAACCUGCCUUUGAUAGCUUUGAAGCUGCAAAUUCUCUUUUUAUGGGAUAUGUCCCCUCAUUAAAUGAAGAUCAGACUCUCCAAGAAGUGCCUACAGGCCUUGAUUCUAUUUCUUACGAAUCGAACAGCUGUGAAUUGCCUCUCUUAACUCCAUGCAGCAAGGCUGUGAUGAGUCAGGCUUUAAAAGCAACAUUCAGUGGAUUUGCAAAAGAACAGCGCAGACUGGGCAUUCCAAGCAAUCCAUGGCUAUGGACACAGCAGCAGGUGUGUCAGUGGCUUCUCUGGGCUACCAAUGAAUUCAGUUUGGCAAAUGUGAACUUUGAGAGGUUUGCUAUGAAUGGCCAAGAAUUAUGCAACCUGGGAAAGGAGCACUUCUUGGAACUUGCACCUGAUUAUGUGGGCGAUAUUCUGUGGGAACACUUGGACCAGAUGAUAAAAGAUAAUGAAGAAAAGCCACAGGAGCAAUAUAUAGAAAAUUCCCAUCUCACUUCAUCCCCACACUGGGUCAACAACAAUACAUUAGGUAUUGACGUUGAUCAAGCACAUUACUGUGCUCAAGUAUCCAGCUACCAGAAAACUCCAAACUAUCCCAAACCUAGCCAUUUGGGUGAGUUAUGUCAGACAGCAGCUGGACCAAAUCUAGUUAAUUUAAAGCAAGAAUUUCCGAUGUAUCCUAAAUCGCAGCUAGAAGCAGUCAGUGUCUACUGCUCCAUGAAUCGGGACUUCACAAGAAACAAUCUGAACUUGCUGUUGGAUAACUCUGGUAAACCUAGAGAGCAUGACUCAAGUGACAGUGGCACAGAAAGUUAUGAGAGCUCAGAUUCAUUGCUACAGUCCUGGAAUAGCCAAUCUUCCUUAGUAGACGUUCAGCGUGUGCCAUCCUAUGAGAGCUAUGAGAGCUUUGAAGAUGAUUGCAACCAAUCCUUGUGCCUAAACAAACCCACAAUGUCUUUCAAAGACUAUAUUCAAGAAAGGAGUGACCCUGUAGAGCAAGGAAAACCAGUUAUACCUGCAGCAAUUCUAGCAGGCUUUACAGGUAGUGGGCCUAUACAGCUGUGGCAGUUCCUUCUAGAGCUCCUAACGGACAAAUCUUGUCAGUCAUUCAUUAGCUGGACUGGAGAUGGAUGGGAAUUUAAACUCGCUGACCCAGAUGAGGUUGCACGGCGAUGGGGCAGAAGAAAGAACAAGCCCAAAAUGAAUUAUGAGAAGCUGAGCCGUGGCCUGCGCUAUUAUUAUGAUAAGAAUAUCAUUCACAAGACUUCAGGGAAGCGCUACGUAUAUCGCUUUGUAUGUGACCUCCAGAACUUGUUGGGAUAUACGGCAGAGGAGCUUCAUGCAAUGUUAGGCGUGCAGCCGGACACAGAGGACUGAGCCUAACAAGCUUGUGUGGCUUUUACACAGAGUGCAAAAGCGCAUGAACUGUGAAUCAGGACCUUCUGCAUCAACCAUUGGUUUUAUCUUCUGACUGGAAUGGUGCACUGUUAAUGUGACCUUAAAGAAGUAGGGGUGUUUUUUUGAGUCAGGGGAAAUUGAAGGAAAGCAAAGCAGCCUUAUUAUCAGGCUCUUCAUUUUCAGAUCUUCAUGUUUUCUACCCUUUUGAACACCUUUGUGUGAAAUCAGCAUAGCUGCAACGUGAAGAUUAGAAAUAGGCUUUGGUCUUUCGGUCGCAUAAACUGCCAUAUAACUGAGGGCACUGCCUAUACUAAAGACUGAUAGCCAUUGGAAUUUCUAGCGGAAAAGAAACCCACCUAAAAGAGCAAAUUUGCAGAUAUUACAAUUUGUGACAUCUGUAAUUAUAAGAGAAAGGCUAACUGUCCUUUAACACAGGUGCUGAAAGGACAUUGCAUUGGGCAUUUUCUCAGUGUGUGUGUGUGCGUGUGUAUGUAUGUGUGUGUGUUACUAUACACAAACAAGUUGCAUAGCUUCAGACCAAGAUGGAGUAAUGGCAAGGAUUCCUCACAAGGACAUUUUAUACCAUUUCAAGGAUCUGUAUAUUUGUGUAUGUGUGUAUGCUUGUGUGUGUAAGCAUGUUCAUAAAAUUCUCUAGCAAUUUAUGCUCCUAUUUAAUAGAUAUUGUAUAUUGUAAUUUAAGCUAAUGUAAGCAUCUGAAAGACGAUGGAAGCAAAUAUUUUAUUAUGGAAAAGGAGUGUCUAUGGCAUUUUGGAAGAUGUUUACCUACAAAGGGAUUUGAUAGGUUAAGCUAGGCACAUACUAAGUAAGUGCCUCUGCUGGGCAAGGCAGCAUGAUCCAUGGUUGCCAAAUGGAUCAUUUUAAGCAGAUGUGUGAUAGUGCAGUUCCCAGUGUGAAGACUCAGUCUGACUUCUCUCAAUUAAAAUUGUUAAUAUUGGUUAAAAUAUAUUUAUUGAUGGAAUACCUCUUCUGUGCAUGUUCUCUUAAAAAUUUAUAUAUAACCUUAAUUUUUUUCCUUUGGUCUGACCUUUUCUCCAUCCCUUUUCCCCAUCCAAAGUGAAUUAUUCUGAUUAAAAUAUGAAUUCUAUUUUUGGAAAUAAUUCCGACUCCUUUUCAGCAAUUAGGAGAAAGAUGUGUAGCAGCUAUUUUUACUGCAAUAAAAAAGAGCUCACUGGAAAAAUGUACUUUGUAAGAAAACUAUUUUUUAUCUGAGACUAAUGUAAAUUUAAAUGUACAGUAUGAGGUUUAAAAUAUCAAAUUUUAUUAAAACCUCUUGAACAAUGA